UUUAUCUACAAAACAAACAAACUUGAUCCAUGGCGGCGUGAGCGUGAAUUGUUGCGUAUUCCGUCCGAAUUUUGCACCGGAAAACGUUGAUAAUUUUGAAUUUGGAGUGACGAAACUGAAAAUGAGUUCAGUACGCAGGAGCGGACGAGACCGUCCUUCAAGCCAAUCUCAAGGGACAGGCACGAGGGGCCGAAGGAAAACACAGGAAACUGACGAUGAGCCAACCCAAUCGUCCACUGCUGGCACUUCAAGAAGGAAUAAGAAGCAGAGCCGAAUUUCGGAUUUUUUGGAGGAGUCUCAGGAAGAGGGUGGCACUCAGAAAGCGUCCAAAGUGCCCCAGAUCACUAAUGACCAGGUCUUGGAACAGGCCCGUUCGGUGGCUUUCUAUAUGAUCUCAUGCUGCAAGGACAACUCGAUCGUCAACAGAACCGACGUCACAAAGGAGGUUCUCAAGAACUUCCACUUCAAGCACUACCCGACCAUCAUGGCCAAAGCUUCCGAGAUUCUGAAAGAGGUUUUUGGUUUGGAGAUCAAAAAUUUGGACGGUGAUGACGACAAAUUUGACAAGAUGAUAUUGAUUGACACUCAGAGCAUUCCCAAGUACGCAAGCAGUGAGGAAGACAAGGCUACUCUAGCUCUGCUUUUCCUUGUUCUCAGCUGCAUUCAGGUUUCUGGCGAGGCCAUCAAAGAAGAGGAUCUAAUCAACUUCCUGAGAGAGCUCAACAUUCUGUACUCAAAGCAGGAUCCAAACUUUGGAGAUGUUGAGGGAAAAGUGAAUACAUUCAAAGGGCAAGCCUACCUGAGAUUUGAUGUGGACAAAUCGACCAACCCUCCUACCAAAAUGAUUGCUCUCGGUCCCAGGGCUAAGGCCGAAAUCAACAAGGUGGAAAUGUUGCGGUUCUUGAAGAAGGUUUACCCCGAUCUCGACUUUCUCUCGGACAAUGCCAAUAACUUGGCUGAUUCUCAAGAUGAGGGUGCUCUGUCAGAAUAGGUAUUAUUUGCACACCGGUGCACAACAUUAUUUAUAAGUUACAAAACAUACAGGAUUACUUUUGUGCUAGCAAUCAAAAUACGAAUUGCAUCGUCCUUCUUAACAGUGAUAAAUAAUCAGUCUGAUAAUAAAAGUUACAAAAUAGUAUAA